UACUUACCACACAGCCACUCCCGCGCCUAGGAUUAUAUUACACAAUUUUUCUUUAAAAAAAAAAUGGUAGGAUGUGAUUUCGAGGGAGGAGAUUUGACUGCUAUUUCUAGCGAUGUGUACUUAUGAGGAGUGAUAUUGUUGAUCAGCAGUAAUGGUAAGGAAGUUAGUACAUACUACCAUAUCAGUAACAGUGGUGGUGUCGGUGGAGAGAAGUCAGUAUGUGAACUGAUUUAACAGUGCGGGGUUGUAGAUGGUGUAGCUGCUGCUGAUGAUCUCACUCCGACUUAGACUAAAGACCUUUAAAACUUUGAGUCUUUUUAAAACUGGCGACAGUAUUAUUAGUAUAGUAACGAUAAUUUUGCACAAGCAAGUUAUACGUCUACUUAACAUUGUGACGGCUAUAUAAAUAACGUUAAUAGAUAAAUAUAUAUUUAUAGUAAAUCCUGGGAUACUCCCCCGCUUCAACUUAAAUUGUAACAUUUGAAGAAUAUUAGAAUCAAAAUGAUCUUGAAAAACCUUGGUGUCAUUUUGGCAGUUAUAACUGUGUUGAUAUCUUAUUGGUUAUAUGAGCCAUUGCCCGAUUCAGUAGCAGAACCUUGGAAGUUACGUACAGUAAUAGCAGGAAGUAAAGUCCUACAUGCUGUUUGUUCUGGAUUUGAGAUGACUGGAUAUACAUCAUAUUUGAACUGCACAAGACAAUUUUCCAAUGCGUAUAUCAGAAAUAUACAAAGUAACGACAAGAUAUCAGUGGUUGAUGAAAACUUCAGUGGAGUGAAAGUUAGAAUUUACUAUCCAGCUGGAGUGAGUGAGAAAGACAAGACAAAAUUAUUACCUGGAAUUUUGUAUUUUCAUCCUGGUGGAUGGACCUUUGGCAGAAUGGGUGUUUCUCACAGUUUACUAGAGAGACUGACUCAGGAGACUGGCGCUGCAUUCAUUGAUGUUGAUUACCGACUGGCACCAGAACACAUUUUCCCAGUUCCUUUCGAUGACUGUCUAACAGCAACUGUACAUAUCUUGCGGAAUGGUAGGGUGUAUGGAAUUGAUAGUUCGCGUAUAGCUGUUUCAGGUGAAAGUGCUGGAGGGAACUUAGCUGCUGCUGUUGCACUUCGACUAGCAUCCGAAACUACACUUCCUCGUAUUAAGAGUCAAAUUCUUUUAAGUCCUUUGCUUCAAGCUUUUGAUUUGUCCCUUCCUUCUUAUUCUAUGCAAAAUUUGAGUAUUAACUUAAUGGACAGAAAAUGGAUAGCUUCUUAUUGGUUGCUUUAUGGUGAAGGAAAUACUGAAAACCUUGAUAGUCUUUUAAAUGGUAACCACAUAAGCCCAUCGUUAAAAUCUUCAGAGUAUGCAAAGUCCGUUUCAAUGGACUUACUUCCAGAAGAAUUGCGUAAUCAGCCCCGUGUCAGUGUCAACACAACAAAAUAUGAUGAGAAAUUUGCUAUUCCAUUUGAAAGACUUUUGCUUAACCCUUAUUUUUGCCCCUUGUUUGGAAGAAAUCUUAAAAAUUCUCCCCCUGUGUAUAUGAUAUCAUGUACAUUUGAUGUUGUACGUGAUGAAAAUUUCUUAUAUGUACGCAAACUAAAAGAUGCUGGUGUGGAAGUCCAACAUGACCAUUAUGAAGGUGCUGUUCAUGGCUUACCAACAAUUGAAUAUUUUGAUAUAAGUGACACAGUCAUAAAGAAGCUUUCAGAGUAUAUUCAAAACACUAUAUAGUGCUUACCUUGUUCCCAUUUUGAAAUUUACCAAAAUAUUCCCUCCCACCUCUGCCACUAAUUUCUACCAAUUUUAUGUGGUUUAUUUAUUUGGUUUUGCAUAUUUUCUUUUUGGUUUAAUAUAUAAUGAAGAUAACUUUAUUAUUUUUUUGUCUUUACCAUUUUAUAAUCCUUGAUGACUAGUGUGGUGGUUUAUAACAACCUAACAACAUUCAUUCAUAAUCCUUAGUCAAAUCAAGAACAGUUAUGGCAUCAAGAAAUAUUAUUUUCAAUUCCAUACCAUUUACCUCUUUUCUAUAUUUCAUCACUACUGUUUCUCUUCUUCUAAUCUUCCUAAUCCGUUUUACUCAGAUCUCUAGAACUCUAUUUCUAUGCCCAUGUUUGCCCCAAUCCCCAGCAACUCAGAUUCUUAGAACACAUUUACCAACAUUUUGUUUAUUGUUCUUGUGUUCUUAGGACUUAAGUUCUCAAGCAAGAAUCAGUUUGCAGCAGAAGCCUUCUUUUGUUUCUCUUACAUCACUAAUCUCUUUGUAAAAGGUGAAUCAUUACAAUAUUUUCAUUUUCUUUUCUUUUUUUUUUUUUACCGAAAAUUCCAAGCUUCUUAGUUAGCACCAAAUACAAAUAACGCUGCACAUAUCAAGAAAAUAGCUACACACAACUAAAUCUUUCUUCCUUGCAAAUAACAAACAUAAAACAAACAUACUCAUUUAUAAAUGUUGGACUUCACAUUCUAUAGCAACCUUUUGUGAAAACUAGAAAAUAUUUCACAAAGGCUGGCUUUUGCUUUUUCGGAGUUAGAACUAACAACUGCUAGUUACAUACAGAGAACAAAUACAUCAUCUACUAAAAUACAGUCGACAAACCUUUUACAGUACAAUAAACAUAGGUACAUAUAUAAUAAAUCUUUGACUGUAUUGAAUGAAAGAGUUAAAAAAGUAACAAUAUCUGCCUCAUAAACAAAACUUUUCCCUUCAAAACACAUCGCUCCUAGUAACCCUCUCCUGCUCAAGUUUUCUCUUUUAUGUUUAACCUUCUUGAUACCAACCUGUCUGAGACCGCCCUUAGAUUUAUGAUACAAAUUCUAUUUUAAAAUGAUCUAAAUUAAAACCUGCCAUCAAAAUUUCACAUUAGUUUAUGUCCUAAAUACCAGCUUAAUAAUGACAAAGUUGUUUCAAUAAGUUUUUCAUUGUGGAGGCGCAAUGGUCCAGUGGUUAGGGCAGCGGACUCGCGGUCAUAGGAUCGCGGUUUCGAUUCCCAGAUCGGGCGUUGUGAGUGUUUAUUGAGCGAAAACACCUAAAGCUCCACAAGGCUCCGGCAGGGGAUGGUGGCGAGCCCUGAUGUACUCUUUCACCACAACUUUCUCUCACUCUUACUUCCUGUUUCUGUUGUUCUUGUAAUUCAAAGGGUCAGCCUUGUCACACUGUGUCACGCUGAAUAUCCCCAAGAACUACGUUAAGGGUACACGUGUCUGUGGAGUGCUCAGCCACUUGCACGCUAAUUUCACGAGCAGGCUGUUCUGUUGAUCGGAUCAACUGAAACCCUCGACGUCGUAUGCGACGGAGUGCCAACAACAAGUUUUUCAUUAUUCUAUAACUUAGCUGAAACAAAAGCACUUAUAUUUAAGUAUCAUUAUGGUAACAAAAUGGCUAAGUUGCAUGAGGUUUUGGUAAAUACUAACUAAUUUCUGUGCUCUAAUUCAAGCAUCCAUCUUGCUUUUUCAUCAUCCUUGAUGACUUCAAUAUUCACAACUCCUCUUGACUCUCUCAAUCCACACACUCUGGCAUAGAGACUGAAGUUUGCACCAUCAUGAAGUUUCUUUACCUACCUCUGUCUUAUACACUGCUUCUCCAAACAUUUCAAUUUUUUUCUUCCAAACCCAGACUUUUGUUGGAUUUAAUCUGAUACAGUUUCAAAACACAUUUGAGAAACACUGAGUUGUUGUUCAGUCCUGAUCAAGCAGACCUAUGGCCAAAGUGUGCCACUAUGACCGUCCCAUUUUAUUGCUGUGGUUAGAGAAGAAUUUUGCUGCUACUUCUAACAUGUCGAAGCUCUCUUGUAACUCACGAAAUCAUUGGGUUAUUUUUUAUACCAGUAUUUAUAUAUAUAUAU